GACAAUGGAGGUCACCAUUCAGUAUCCGUGGUUCAAGCGCUCUCUGCCCAGCUUCUACAACAACCGCCUCCUGCAACAGCUUUUUGGGGAGGGCCCCUUUGACCGGGACUUUCUCCCUUUCCUCUCCUCCACCUUCAGCCCAUUCUACAGGUCGCCAAUCUUCCGCACUUUGUUGGACUCGGGGAUUUCUGAGGUUCACUCUGACAAGGACUGUUUUACAAUUACCCUGAACGUGAAGCACUUCAGCCCCGAGGAGCUGACGGUCAAGAUCGUCGAUGACUUUGUGAACAUCCAUGGGAAGCACCUGGAGCGACAGGAAGAAGAUGGGUGGGUUUCGCGUGAGUUCCAUCGCAGUUACCGGUUGCCCAGCAACCUGGACCAGUCGGCCUUCAGCUGCUCGAUGUCCAGUGAUGGGUUCCUCAGCCUCUGCUGCCCCAGGUUUCACACCACAGACGACCUGAAGCAGAACGAGCGAUCCAUCCCUGUGAGCCGCGACGACAAGCAGUGCAUGGAGCCCGAGAGCAGAGCGGCCUGAGGCGGUGUGGACAAUGGACAGUCCAGCGGCCUGACCCUGACCCCUCUCCUGGCCUGACCCUGACCCUUCUCCUGGCC